CUUGUGUCCGUAUCUAUAAGCGUAAUUUCAAAGAAAAAACAGCCAAAUCUCACCCAAAAAUGGCGGCUUGUCGCUCGAGCUCUUUCUGCACUCUUCCCUUUUCUCCUUCCAAAUCUGCACAAACCCCCGUUUACCACAACCAUAUCUUGCUCCAUAAACCCGUCCACGGCACAAUUUUACCACUGGCCACCGAGUACAAAUGCAAUUCAGUCAUCGUCAAUAGCACUAAGCGUUCCUUGCCCAGAGCUGUCUUCACUCCGAAAGACUCCGCCCCCAAAACAAACAGUAAUGAAGCAGAUGAGAAAAACUCUACCAGUUUAACAUCCCUUGUGCAAGUUUACAAAGUGGCACUUUUUAACGGAGAUAUGAAAGGGGUGUCAAAAGUUGAGGCUAUGAUGUGCCAGAUUGAAAAGGAGAAAACUAUGUUGGCUGAGAGGGUUUCUGCUUUGUCUGAUGAAAUUAAAUCGGGGAAGGCAAAAUAUAUGCGGUUGCAAGCAGAUUUUGAAAAUUUCAGAAAACGAUACGAUAAGGAGAAAUCAACAAUUAGAAGUGACAGCGAGGCAGAAAUAAUUGAGAACCUCUUGCCAAUUGUGGACACUUUUGAGAGUGCUAAGCAACAGACUAAGCUAGAAACAGAGAGGGAGAAAAACAUAGACAAAAGUUACCAGGGUAUAUACAAGCAGUUUGUAGAAAUAAUGAGGAGUUUGCAAGUCACUGUAGUGCCUACUGUUGGCAAGCCAUUUGACCCAUCACUACAUGAAGCUAUUGCUCGAGAAGAAUCUAACGAGUUUCGGGAGGGAGUAAUAACUCAAGAAUACCGGCGUGGAUUUAGGCUUGGAAAUCGACUAUUGAGACCAGCCGUUGUUAAGGUUUCAUCUGGCUCUGGUAAUAGGAAACGCUGGCCAGUCCCACAGCAAUCUGUUGGGCAGCAGGGAGCAACUGAUGGAACUCAUGGAUGAUGCUGCUAAUCCUGCUAUGGCAUGAUAAUCAUAAUAUUCAAAAAUAUCUUUCCUGACAACUUCCCACUUCCCAGUGUGGCACUAUUUUGGCGAGUAUGUCAUUGCUAGUUUGCUGUUGUAAACUUGUGUUAUAUAUACUUCAAUGAAUUUGAAGUAUUUUUCUCAAAGUAAUGUGUCAGGUGGUCAUUCAAUGUUGUAAGUCAUUUAAACGGUGUAUAGUUUUUUGGUUCGGUUACAAACUUUGAUUCUUCGUUUCAUCAUGCUUGGGAUUUAUUUUAAUACUAGUUAUCACAACGCGCGUUGCGCGAUGGAGAUACUGCUUGCCCAAUAUUUUUUGUUUUUUUGUUAGAGAGAUGUUGUGUGUGGUAAUGUAGUACACAAUUUAUUUUUGAAGAAAUAUAGAGCAAGUGCAACUGUAAAGUAUGUUGAUUAAUUU